ACAGCCGGAAUCGGCUCCGGCCGCCGCGGGGUCCAGCUCCGGAGCUUUCGCCGCCCGCGGGUCCGCUGCCUGCGCGCUCCAGCUCCUCAGCCCUGGACCAGGGAGACCCUUGCAAGGACAAGACCAGGGAGCACUGUUGCCUACAAGAUCUCCACCUUUCUGCUGCCAAUUUCAGAAGUUUUCAACCCUUUUGGGAGAAAGUGUUUUUUGUUAUCUCAACCCUCCGACUUCAUCAAUCAUUAAUUUUUCUUUUUCUAAUUCCUUGGGCCAACUUUGGUCAUGCUCCAUACCCUACUUUUAGCCCUUUGACAAGGUUUGGUGUCUGACAAGCACCCUCUGGGUGUUUCUGGUUGAGUGGAGAGAGGAGGCAGCCGGAGGCUGUGGUCUCGGCAAGUGGACUGUCUCUAGCCUUGGCAGCCAGGCCUGGGUGGUGAGGUCACCAUGUCCACCAAAGCGCCCAUCUAUCUGAAGCGUGGCAGCCGCAAGGGCAAGAAGGAGAAGCUUCGGGACCUACUGUCCUCGGACAUGAUCAGCCCACCGCUGGGGGACUUCCGCCAUACCAUUCAUAUCGGCAGUGGUGGUGGCAGUGACAUGUUCGGUGACAUCUCCUUCCUGCAGGGCAAGUUCCACCUCCUUCCAGGGACGGCGGUCGAAGGACCCGAGGAGGAUGGCACCUUUAACCUCCCCUUCCAGUUUGCCCGAACCACCACACUAAGUGGGCGGGAGCUCCCGGAUGGGCUGUCCCCUCUGCUCAAGAAUGCCAUCUCCCUCCCAGUCAUCGGUGGGCCCCAGGCCCUCACCCUGCCCACAACCCAGGCCCCACCCAAGCCCCCUCGCCUGCACCUGGAGACCCCUCAGCCCUCCCCACAGCCUUCCCCACAGGAGGCAGGGAGUGUGGACAUCUGGAGAAUUCCAGACACUGGCUCAGCCCAAAAUGGGCUGACCCCUGAGUCAGGGGCUGAGGAGCCCUUCCUGUCCCACGCCAGCUCCCUGCUCUCCCUGCACGUGGACCUGGGGCCUUCCAUCCUGGACGACGUGCUCCAGAUCAUGGACCAGGACCUGGGCCACACGCAGAUCCCCACAUAGGACCCCAGGGGAGCCAGGCUGGAAGUCCAGGCUGGGAUGAAUGCUGAGGAGCAGGGGGUAGACAUGGCUUUGGCCUAGAAGUCGGGAUCCCAAGUCCUGCUUGUGCGGUUACUGGCCAGAGAUUUCCCACUUUGAGCCUUUGUUCUCCCUCCCACCCUCUCCCCAUGGACAGAGUGUACCUCAUUGCUUCCCCCUGAAACCCACGAGGACACGUGCGGAACUCAGCCCAAAGGGCCCCGAGCAUGUUGGGCCCCCUGGGCUCCCACUGCCAACUGCUCCUCCUUCCCUCAGACCCCUUGGGUGAAGGCUCUGCUAAAAUGGACUCCCCUUCACCUUCCUUCUGCCUCAUCCCCCUCAGAUGCCCUGAUUGUGGGGCAGGAAAGAGUCAGGGCACCACCAGCCAGACCUUCAGUGUCAUGUUCUGGACUGGGAGCAUGGCAUCAAUGACUGAAUCUCCCUCUACCCCAUCCCCUUCCACAUGGCCAGGGGUUCUGGUCGCAAUAAAACUUGCUGCUGCUCAUAGUUGUGCUCCCUCUACUCUUAUCCCUGAAGACAGGCCAGUCUCUGCAACCUGGGCUGACCCUGGGGAGACCCUAGCUCCUGGCUUUGUGCAGGGUGGGCCCUGUCCUUUGGAAGAUUUUACCUGAUUCUGAGGGCCUGGAGCUGGGAGGGAUCCAACACUGCUAAUCAGCAGACUCAUCUCAUCAGCGCUGUUUAAUGAGCACCUACAGUGUACUUGGCCUGCUCAAGGUGCUGGGGACAUAAGACAGACAUGAUCCCUGCUUUCCUGAAGCUUACGUUCUAGGAGGAGAAAGAUAUUAAAUUUGUAAGCAAGUAUGAUGAUUUCCAAUAGCGUUGAACACUGAACAAACAAUGUGAUUGGAAAAGCCUGGGGCAAGGGUACAAGGUGGUAUUGGCACAUUAGGGUGAUCACGUGAUUCUGAGCCAAACCUACGGCACUUAUUAAUAAGUACUUGUUCCCUGCAUAUAUUUUUAUGCUUGUCUUUACCCUCUUUAAACACAGUAAGCAGUGUUAUUUUAUGGCCAUUAUCAGAUAAUUCCAGUAGUAUCUUAAAUCUUUGUGGGUCAAUUUGUUUUCUGUUGUUUGUAACAAGGGUUUCUUGUUUCUUUGUGUGCCUGAUUAUCUUUGACUAUGGACUGAAUAUCAUUCUGAAAAAAUGUUUUUAGAAAUAA